GUUCAUUAUACCAUUAUUUAAAAUGUGUCUGCGAAUAGUGUGUUUCGUGGCAAUUGUUGUUAGUUUUCUGCUGAAUCAUAUGGUGAACGGGGCGUGUCAUUACUCGCUGGAUAUGAAGUUUGGCUCCGACUAUUACAUGACGUCGCCGAUGUACCCCCUUCUGUAUCCCCCGAAUACGCAAUGCACCUAUCGCAUCAACGCCCCGUUUGGGUAUAGAAUUAAUUUCACCUGCCAGGACUUUCAGAUUCCAAGUAGCCUGAAUUGCAAGUACGAUGCUUUGUACGUUUCAUACUCUGGCAAAGAGGACCUGAGCGAUGCCUAUAUUUAUUGCGGUGCUGGCGUCAUUCGGGAGAAAUCUAUCGCUAACACUAUGUAUCUCCGGCUUCAAGCCGCUCCGACGAGUCGUGGAGGCAAAUUUCUCUGUUCGAUGUCCCUCAUUUCUCAGAGCUGUUCGUGUGGAAAAAAGAAAACGAAACGAAUCGUUAACGGCGUCGAAACGAUGGUUAACGAGUUCCCAAUGAUGGCUGCCAUGAUUGAUGUGGAGGAGCGAUCCAUAAUAUGUGGCGCCACCAUAAUUGCUGAGAAUUACGCGAUAACGGCGGCUCACUGUGUCUUACAGCGAACCAUCGAUGACACCGUUCUCCUGGUGGGCGAUCAUAACCUAACGACGGGUAGUGACACCCCAUAUGCUCGGCCGUAUGUUCUUGCCCAGUUCUUGGCUCAUCCUGGCUUUUCCAACCGACCGGUUUCGAACGAUAUCGCUCUUAUCCGCACCUUGCAGCGGAUUCAGUACAACGACGGCGUUGGUCCGGUCUGUUUGCCGUGGAAAUUUCGGGCAAACAACUUUGACGGUGCCGUCGUGGAGGCUUGCGGCUGGGGUCAUCUGGAUUUCGGUGGACCAGGCUCGAAUGUUCUCAACAAGGUGGCGCUGGACGUUAUCAGCAAUCGGGACUGCUCGGAACGGCUGAACAGCACUGUUGCGUAUCAAAAAAUGUGCACCUACACACCCCUAAAGGACACAUGUCAGUUCGAUUCCGGUGGGCCCCUAUUCUACACCGAGCCGGGCAGUGGAUUAGUCUACGAAGUGGCAAUCGUGAGUUAUGGCUUUGGGUGUGCUUCCCGGAGUCCUAGCGUUAACACUCGGGUUACCGAGUAUUUGGACUGGAUUAUGGCCAACAGCCCGGAUACGUUCUACUGCUUUCAGUGACGAAGCGCUUGAAAUGAUACCGUGAUGUGUUUGAAUGAUUGCCACUAUAUUCUCUUAUGUGAGAUCUAUUCGUGGGAUUGGAUGGGUACAAUUUUAUGAACCAGUGAAUUAAUAAGGAAUGACAAUAAUAAAUC